UUCUUCUGGUCCAUAGCUGCAUUUAUUCGCCUCUGCGUACCAUUCUACUCCACCACCGGCAAACCUAAUAUGGCGAGGGAAGGCGGUGCGAACAGGAGUCGGAAAGGGAGCGAGGCCGGAGCGUUUUUCAUGGCUACCCUGGUGAUGUGGAGCGUCUCAGUUUUCUUCGAAAUCCUCUUCAAUCAGCGCUCGGAGCUACUUCCUAUCAUCUUCGGCUUCGCUUUUUUCCAGCUCGCCAACGCCGUUAUUCGGAACUUCGUCUCACGCGACCCGCUCUUCGUCAACACGUGCGUUUCCCUCCUCCAUUCAUCCAUCACCUCCGCCUCUGUGGUACUGAUCUUGCUGAAUCAGUCAAUGGAGAUUGGUGUAGAUAAGAUGUUUGAACACUCACAAUUGGUUGAGGAUACUUGGCGAUGGGCAUAUCAAGCUCUGUGUUUUUCGUGCGGUUACUUUGCAUAUGAUCAGUUGGAUAUGCUGCUCUAUCGGUUGUACAGUGGUUGGAUCCCCGCAAUCCUAGUGCAUCACUUAGUGCUCCUAGUUUGCUUCACGCUGGCAUUGUAUCGGAAUAUCACCAUCAACUAUCUUAUCCUAACUCUCAUAUGUGAGCUACAUUCAGUCUUUUUGCAUGUUCGGAAAAUUCGCCGUAUGGCUGGUAUCCGUAAUGCUGGGAGCAAGAUUGUGAAGGCUGAAUGGGUUUUCAAUUGGUUGACAUUUGUUUUUGCAAGAUGCGUGUCUCACAUUCUUAUCACAGUCAAGCUGGUCAUAGAUGCUUCCAAGUUCGAUAAGGGCGUGGAGCUCCCACUUGCUCUCUCCGGAAUGGCAGGAAUGAAUUUGCUAAAUGUUCUCCUUGGUAUCGAUCUCUUCAAUGCUUACAGAAAAGAGAUCAGGGUUCAGAAGGAUCAUAACAAUAAUCAUCAGGAAUAAUAUACAUUUGUUAAUUCUUUCAGUAUCAGUGUCGAAGAAUGUGUUCCUGCUGUAAUGUGACUGUACUCUCUUGUAAAUCACAUCAUCAUAUGAAGAAAUGAAAAGCUAAAAAAUUCUGUGUUUGGUGUAUAAA